AUGGCUACCCAAACCGCCACCGAAUUGCAGACGUUCGAGCCUAUCGCGUCAACAUCCGGUGCCGCGUUUCGAAAAAGCCAUGAAGCCCCUACGCAGAUGGCAGUAUCGCCCGGCAUACCUCUAGUGACUGAGACGUCGGCGAUGAUGCCGGUUCUGCUUUCCAAGGGCCGUGCUGCCAUUGUCAUCACCCAGGUCUGUGGCCAACUGUUCUUCAGUAGCUUCUGCAAUGGCAUCGUCGUCGUCGCCUUGCCCGCCAUGCAACACAACUUAGGCCUGGAUGAGGGUCUUCUUGUCUGGCCCAGUUCCAGCUACUUUCUCACAGCGGGAUCUUGUCUUUUGCUGGCCGGUUCCAUUGCCGACGUCGUUGGCAACAAAAGGGUGAACCUUGCCGGGUCCUUCUUCAGCGCCAUAUUUACCAUGGCCUGCGGUUUGUCCCAGACUGGGGGCCAAAUUAUUGCUUUCCGCGCCCUGCAGGGCGUCACGUACGCCGUCAUCACCCCUUCGUCUAUUUCCAUGAUUUCCAACAACAUUGGAGAGGGACGGCCACGAAACAUGGGCUUUGCUUUCAUGGGGUUUUCCCAGCCUCUAGGCUUCUUGUCUGGUCUGGUUCUGGGCGGAGUAUUCACUGAUAAUGUCGGAUGGCGACCAGCUUUUUACUUUGCUGCGGCUGCCAGUGGGACUUUGUUUGUUCUUGCGAUCUGGGCUUUGCCAAAGGAUGUACGGUCUUCUUCUGGCCCUUCAAUCCCGAAGCGACUCGCCUCGGAGAUUGACUCUGUUGGAGUACUUCUGGCGAGCACGGGAUUGGCGACCCUGUCGUAUGUUUUGGCAUCUCUAUCAGCCGAUAUUAAUAGCAUCCGCAAGGCCCCUACCAUUGCCUUGGUUAUCAUAGCUGCAUGCUCCAUUCCAUCUUUCAUUGCCUGGAUGCACUACCGAGUUAAAAACAACAAGACAGCCCUGAUCCCUAACUCUCUCUGGCGUAGUCAUGUUUUUACCAGCUGUUGCAUCAUGGUACUUCUCACCAAUGCCCUCACAAACUGUAUGGAGCUGUACAGUAGUCUGUUCUUCCAACAGGUUCAAGGGAGCUCCGCCACCAAGGCGUCACUCCAAGUUGUGCCGUCCCUCGUCGCCGGUGCACUUACUAGUAUUGCAACAGGACUAUUCGUGCACCGCAUGCCAGUCUUGUGGAUGUUGUUGAUCUCAACAGCAAUGAGUACCGUGGCACCGCUUCUGAUGGCCCUCAUCCGGGUAGAUCAGCUGUACUGGGAAAACGCCUUCUUCGCACAGAUCCUUACACCAAUCAGUUGCGAUAUUCUGUUCACCGUCGGCCUGUUAAUCAUUUCCGAUGUCUUUCCUAAGCAUACACAGGCCCUGGGCGGCGCUGUAUUCAACACCUGUGCCCAGCUAGGCGCUGCGAUGGGAAUGAGCGUAACUCAAGUCAUUGCCUCGUCCGUGACUAAUCAGUCUGAAUACACCGACAAAUCUUCGCCUGUCGCCCUCAUGAAAGGGUAUAGAGUCUCUUUCUGGACUAUGUUUGGCUGGAUGAUGUUUAUCUGUCUAGUGUGCAUAGGAGGAAUGCGCAGAGUGGGUGUCAUUGGCGUUAAACGGGAUUAA